UGGAUAGCCCGCGACCGGGCCGACGCGGGGCGCGCGACCAGCGCAGUUCAUCUCUGCCUUCUCCGAUUCCUCGAAAAAAAUAAAUCCAAAACAGAUAUAUCCCCUCACUCUCGCGACCCAAACCAAAGAUCACGCCGAGGAACGAAGCCGCGGCCGGGGAGGCUUCUGGAACCCUCUCUCGAAGAUGCUGUCGUCGCUGUCGGCGUGGUUCGUGAACCCGCGGCGGAACCCGCUCGCCCGCCUCCACAUGAAGACCGUCGCCUAUCGCCUCAGCAACUACGGUCUGCGGUACGACGACCUCUACGACCCGUACAACGACCUGGACAUCAAGGAGGCGCUGGCGCGGCUGCCGCGGGAGGUGGUGGACGCCCGCAACCAGCGCCUCAAGCGCGCCAUGGACCUCUCCAUGAAGCAUCAGUACCUCCCCGACGACGUAAAGGCAUUACAGACACCUUUCAGGAGCUAUCUAGCUGAUAUGCUGGCUCUGGUGAAAAAGGAGAGAGCAGAGCGUGAAGCGCUGGGAGCACUUCCUCUCUACGAGAGAACCCUUCCAUGAUGUCCCUACUUUGUAGUGGCAGUUUUAUUUUCCUUGUAUAUCACACAGUGCAUGCAAUGAAAUGCAGUUAUGAUACUGUACCAUGUAUUAUGCUAAACACAGUAAUGUUGUAUCUUGUUGUGAUGCCCAGCAGAAGGUGUCCACCAUAUGUUAUCCUGCUGAUACUUGCCGUUCUAAUGACUUAGAUAUAAAACUCCAAACAGCUGUGGGUAUAAGCUGUGGUUCAGUUGAACAAGUUUGUCAUUGAUGCCCCUCCCUAAAGUUAUAUACUGUUUCCCUGCCUCUUAUGAAUUAA